CCCCUCGCAUCCUUGGAAGCAACAAUUAAGCAGCUCUGGGAUAAAACACACUGCCUGCGGGAGCACGGGGGCAUUGCUUCAAGAGAUGGCAAAGCAGGCAGCUGCACCCCUCCUUCCCGGAGUCCUCCUCCUCUUCUCCAUCCUCCCGGCUUCUCAGCAAGGAGGGGUUCCUGGUGCUAUCCCGGGAGGGGGGGUCCCAGGAGGAGCCUUUUUCCCAGGUGCUGGAGUUGGAGGUUUGGGAGCAGGACUCGGGGCUGGAGCAAAACCUCUCAAACCAGGGGUCGGAGGCCUCGGGGGACUCGGCCCACUUGGCCUGCAGCCAGGUGCUGCGGGUCUCUUCCCCGGAGGCGCCUUCCCCGGGGGCGUCUUCCCAGGUGCUGCCUCUGCCGCUGCGCUCAAGGCUGCUGCGAAAGCUGGUGCUGGCAUUGGUGGCGUGCCAGGAGUCGGUGUUCCUGGUGGCCUCGGGGUCUCCACAGGUGCGGUGGUACCGGGCGGGGUGCAGCCCGGGGUUGGCGCGGCAGGGAAACCCCCCAAAGUACCAGGCGCUGGGAUUCCUGGAGUUUUCCCGGGCGGCGUGCUCCCCGGCGCAGGUGUCCGCUUCCCCGGUGUAGGAGUGCUGCCCGGGGUACCCACUGGUGCUGGCGUCAAGCCGAAAGGUCCAGGAGCAGGAGCCUUCGCAGGAAUCCCCGGACUGGGAGGUUUUGGAGGUCAGCAGCCCGGUGUCCCUCUGGGGUAUCCCAUCAAAGCUCCUAAGCUCCCAGGUGGCUAUGGAUUGCCCUACAGCACUGGUAAGCUGCCCUACGGCUUCGGGCCCGGCGGGAUAGGAGCCGGCAUCGGGGUAGGAGGAAAGGCAGGGUACCCCACCGGGACAGGAGUCGGAGCACAGGCGGCAGCAGCAAAAGCAGCAGCUAAAUUUGGAGCCGGUGUCCUGCCCGGGGCUGGCGGCAUCCCAGGGGUCGGUGGAGUGGUGCCCGGUGUCGGUGUUGUCCCAGGAGCUGGAGUCGGAGGGCCGGCAGCGGCGGCGGCAGCAGCAAAGGCAGCGGCGAAGGCAGGAGCUUUUGGUGCAGGCCUCGUGCCCGGCGUUGGCGGCGUCCCAGGCCUCGUGCCUGGCGUUGGUGGUGUCCCCGGGUUGGUGCCCGGUGUCGGCGGUGUCCCCGGGGUAGCAGGAGUCGGGGCACCAGCAGCGGCAGCAAAGGCAGCAGCAAAGGCAGCUAAGUACGGAGUUGGUGUUGGCGUUCCUGGCAUUGGCGGCGUUCCUGGCGUUCCUGGCGUUCCUGGUGUUCCUGGCGUUCCUGGCGUUCCCGGUGUUCCCGGUGUUCCCGGUGUCCCUGGUGUGCCUGGCGUUCCUGGCGUGGCUGGGGUUCCUGGUGUGGUGCCCGGUGUCGGAGUGGGUGCCCCAGAUGCCGCGGCGGCCGCGGCAAAGGCUGCAGCAAAAGCUGCGGCAAUCGGAGCAGGGCGCGUGCCCGGUGUCGGUGUGCCCGGUGUUGGUGUGCCGGGAGUUGGUGUGCCAGGUGUCGGCGUGCCCGGUGUCGGCGUGCCUGGAGUUGGUGUGCCCGGAGUCGGCGUGCCCGGUCUGGUGCCCGGUGGCAUACCAGGUGAGGUGGUGCCUAAGGGAUGCUCGAGACAUCCCCAGUGGUGCCGGCUGAUGGGUGCCGGUGUGGCCACCAUGGCCCAUUGCUGCCCCUCACUGUCCCCCUCUCCCCCAGGAGUUGGAGUUCCAGGCGCCGCCGCUGCUGCCAAAGCAGCCGCCAAAGCAGCUAAGUACGGAGCAGGUGGCCUGGCUCCUGGUGUAGGUGGUCUAGCUCCUGGCGUGGGUGGCCUUGCUCCUGGAGUGGGUGCCCUGGCCCCCGGCAUUGGAGGUGUCCCAGGGGUCGUAGCUCCAGCCGCAGCAGCAAAAGCAGCAGCGAAGGCAGCCAAAUUCGGUGCUGGGGUCGGUGGGGUGCCAGGCGCAGUGCCCGGCGUCGCAGGAGUGCCAGGAGUGACGCCCGGUGUCGGUGUCGUGCCUGGGGUGGUGCCGGGCGUGGGGGUACCCGGUACCGGCAUCCUUCCUGGGGCAGGCAUCCCCCAAGUAGGGGUGCAACCUGGUGCUAAACCUCCCAAAUUUGGUGUUCCCGGGGCUGGAGUCCCAGGGGUCGGCGGCAUCCCAGGUGGCCUUGGAGUCGGUGGCCUCGGAGUUGGUGGCCUCGGAGUUGGUGGCCUCGGUGCUGGGCUCUUAUAUCCAGGAGCUGCUGGGAAACCUCCCAAGCCAGGUUUUGGUGUUGGGGGGCUGCAGCCAGGGGUUGGAGUUCCCGGCUUUGGCGUGUCACCGAUAUUUCCAGGUGGGGUCGCCGGCCAGCUGGGAUUCGGUGGGAAGCCCCCCAAGGCCUUCGGAGGAGCCCUCGGUGCUCUGGGCUUCAGAGGCGGCGUGGGCUGCGCACAAGGGAAGUACUGCGGGAGGAAGCGGAAGUAACCGCCCGCCGUCACUGAUGACCUCAUGAACUUUGGUGCUACUGCAUGGUCCAGAAUGUAAAUCCCAAGCAAAGCUGAGACAACACCCCCCCCACCACCACCCCCCAAAAAAAUCCGGACACCCCCACCCACCCCCCCACUUUCUUCAUGCCGGGGCCAUCCCCGGUCCCACGUUCCCAGGAGGGACCCGACGCCUCCGGCAGGGCCUGUCCCCAUCCAACCCCUCUGUCCCGGCAGGGAGCGCGGAAUAAACUGCGGGGAGCAGCCGUCCCCCUUGGUGCUAUCGCUCCCUGCGGGAUUUGGCGGGGGGGGGAGGGGGGGCGGGGGUGUGUGUCUUGGGGUGUCACCCCCCCCCCCGCCCCAGCCCCAGAGCUGACCCCACGGGGGGUGGGGGGGGGGGAGUAGGGCA